AUGAAAAACAGUUCCGACCGAAUUCUGACGACCCAUGUGGGCAGCCUGGCGCGUCCGCCGGAGAUCCUUGAACUCAUGAGGGCUCGAGAGACACGCCGGGCGCACGACGCCGAGGCUCUGGCCAGCCAGGUCAGGCAAUCGGUGCAAACGGUGGUGCAGCGUCAGGUAGGAAUCGGCAUCGACGUUCCCAGCGAUGGAGAAUUCAGCAAGACCAGUUUUUCAACCUAUGUGAACGACCGGUUAUCCGGCUUCGAUGCGAGGACCCCUGGAACCCGGUGA